GUACAUUCCCUUCCCGUCAUGCUCCACAACGGUUCUCCAAAAUGGCGUCUCUUGGCGGGACGCUCAAGUAAAUUUGUCGGAAUUUUUCCUAAGGUCGUCGUAAUCUCCAUUGGUACGGACGCUUGGUGGUCCAAUAAACUCUGAAAUAGUUCUUUACAAAAUGGGGACACCGGAGGAUUACGACCGUGCGUCUUCCUUUUCUACAUCGAUGGGAAACAGCCCGGACUGGACGCCGGUCGCCUCGGCGAAGUGUGAGAUGAAGCAGGAGUGUGUGGAGGUGUGGCGAGACGUCAACGUGCUUCAGCAAAGACUACAGGAAGAGACAGGAGAUGCCAGUCCCACAGACCGCCCCUCCCCCCUGCUGGCCGUGAGCAGAGCCAAACAGCUGCAGCUGCAGGCGCAGGUGGAAGUGUUGGAAUCGCAGCAGCCACAGCUCAUGUCUACUCACAAAAAGGUGGUGGAAGCAGUUCUGGUGAAUCAUCUGAAGGAGUCCAUAGAGCAGCUAUCUGAACUCCUCCCAGCCAUGCAGGCACAGCAGAAGGAGCUGUCAGCGUCCCUGGAGUUAGAAGAACAAGUGUUACAUCAGCGACAGGAGUUAGGGAGGAUGCUGGAGGCUCGCCUGGCAGAAGUACCAGAGGCACAUGAAACAUCCGUGGACAGUAGGGUCAAAACAUUUAGAAGGAAACUAAAGCAGGCAGAACAGUUCCACACCGACCUAGUGCAGAGAUUGGCUGAAUUCCUGGACACACACUUCCCUCCCCCACAGCCAGCUAAGGGGAAGAGACGGCGGCGUCACGGGUCCGGCCCGGUGGACAAGACUCUUGAUGUUGAUGACCCCCAGUGGACGCCUCUGAACACAAUGAUAGAGACACUUAUAAACAAGUCAGUGGACUCGCCGCACGACCCAUACAUACCCAUGGAGCCCAGAUACUGGCCACCGUACAUUGAGAUGCUGCUGAGAUGUGGUAUAGCACAAAGGCACCCUGACGACAGCAACAGACUUAAACUGGCACCAUUCAACCUCUGAGACAGACAGAUUCAUGUAUGUUGAUAUUGCCUGCUUUUUAGUUGUUGUACCACAGGUCACUUUUCUAAGUUUUUGUACAGCUAUUGAUUGAUAACAGUGCCAUUUGGUGGGUAUUUUUUGAAAGAUUGGGGCUUGAGCUUGGCCAGGAAACAUGUUUUCAAGAUAACCUAAGUCUUACAUAUUUCCUGAGCUGUCCUACAUUGAUUCACAGAAAGUUCUGUCUAUGUACAUAUGCUUAAUUCACACAGAAUUAUGGUCAUCAUGAGGUUUGAAAAUAAAAUUUUUAUCAUCAAUAGUUUGGUGAUCUCACAAAGAAUGUUUUGUGCCAUUUGAUAAUGAUUGUAUGUGGACCAAUUUCUAUUAAAAUGUAAGCAUAAGCUUAUGUAUGCUAAGAAGUGAAAUGGAUUCAUAGAGAACAGGAAACCCAGCCAUGGGCAUGGUCCAUACCCCAUGAUAGAUUGGCACAGUAUUUUGUUGUAGUUUGAAGAGAGCUAAAUGUAAAUACAAUGUACAUGUAUAUAGUAACAAGGUGACAUUGGAACACUGUACUGCUAAAGAAGCAUGUUGACUGUACUAAAGUGUAUGCUCUACACUGCUGAGAGCUGUGGAUCAAAAAGUGUCUCUGUAGAAAAUGUUUUACUAAAACUAUAAGAGAAGUUUUUCUCUUCUGCAAUAAUGUGAUUUGAGAAUUGAUCUUGAUAUUUUGUUAUUGUCUUAUACAUUAUAUAUUGAGUUAAUGCUAUAUGUAAGCAGCAUCUCUCUAACACAUUGGAUUUGAAGAAAAUUGGUAAAAUUAACAUGUGGUUUCAGACUUUGCCACUGAAGUUAGCACUGUGUAGCCUGCCGAGGCACUGGAAUCGGGCUGUUUAAAGUUGACAAAAGGCAUCUUUGGGGUGAGGGAAUAAUGUUCCCAACAAGUCAUUGUUGAUAAUUUUGCAAGUGUGUAUGAUGAAGAAUAAGGCAGAUAAGUUGACUGUGUAUAUAUAACAACCUUUUAGAAUAGUGUAAUUAUAAGUAUUGACUGUGUAUGUAUUACCACUUUUUAGUAGAAUGUACAUGCCUUUUCAGCUUCUUUUAAUUUGUACAUUGUCACUAUAUUUCAGCAGAACAGACUUAGAAUAGGUCUAGAAUGAGCAGGGGACAUUACACAACAAGAAUUGAACUUUUUGAAAUGCCACCAGUAUCUGAUACAAGUUACCAUGUACUGUGAAGUACUUUUUUUUACUGUAACAAAAUGUAGUUCCCCAUAUUAUGUCAGAAUAUACAUACAUUUCUCCACUUUCAAAUUGUGCCUUCUAGGCAUUGCCUUUCAUGUACUCUUGCAUUUUUGUGGUUGUAAAAUUUAAAUACAAUUUUACAUUAUGUGGAGCACA